UCGGCAGUAUAAAUAAACCCGAUUUCUACUACAAAAAUUAUUCAGAACCGAUCAAGAGCUUCAUUCAAAAUGAAGGUUUUAGGUUUAGCAGUAGUAGCAUUCGUGGCAUUAGCCACUAUUCAGACAAGCGAAGCCUUCAGUUUAUUUGGUUGGCAUAAAGCAAACCAUGUAGCUGCCCCUUCUGACUUACCAAGCCCACCAUCUGACUUGCCAACUCCACCAUCCGGUGAACCUUCUCCUCCACCACCACCAUCUGAUGAACCUCUUAAAGUAGUGAAGGACGAGCCUUCUCCACCAUCUGACUUACCAAGCCCACCAUCUGACUUACCAACUCCACCAUCCGGGGAACCAUCUCCACCACCACCACCAUCUGAUGAACCUCUUAAAGUAGUGAAGGACGAGCCUUCUCCACCAUCUGACUUACCAAGCCCACCAUCUGACUUACCUACUCCACCAUCCGGGGAGCCAUCUCCUCCACCACCACCAUCUGAUGAGCCUCUUAAAGUAGUGAAGGACGAGCCUUCUCCACCAUCUGACUUACCAAGCCCACCAUCUGACUUGCCAACUCCACCAUCAGGCGAACCAUCUCCUCCACCACCACCAUCUGAUGAACCCCUUAAAGUAGUGAAGGACGAGCCUUCCCCACCAUCUGACUUACCAAGCCCACCGUCUGACUUACCAACUCCACCAUCCGAUGAACCAUCUCCACCACCACCACCAUCUGAUGAACCACGUAGACGCAGAGCAGUGAAAGACGAACCUUCUCCACCAUCUGACUUACCAAGCCCACCUUCUGACUUGCCAACUCCACCCUCCGGUGAACCAUCUCCACCACCACCACCAUCUGAUGAACCUCUUAAAGUAGUGAAGGAUGAGCCUUCUCCACCAUCUGACUUACCAAGCCCACCUUCUGACUUACCCACUCCACCAUCCGGUGAACCAUCUCCUCCACCACCACCAUCUGACGAACCUUAAAUAAGUUAUGCCUUGCUAAAUUAAUAAAAAUGUAAUAUAUUUUUUUUAAAUAAAUAUCACAAUUUUAUAUUUAA